UCACGUAGCACUGUAAACACGGAAGCGCCGCGCGGUACUGAUGCAACACAAACCCACGCAGCGCUUCAGUCUCGUCCUGUGGAGUGUUUCUAAACCAGGUCUAAACCAGGACUAAACCAGGACUAAACCAGGACUAAACCAGGACUAAACCAGGUCUAAACCAGGUCUAAACGGUCGUGGGCUUUUUGACGCUUUUUUCUCACGUUAAACUGAGCGCGUGCGGGUCCGGUAUGAGUCCAGCGGUGCUCCUCGCGCUGCUGCUGCUCCAGGUGCGCUCCGCGUGCGCCAGGUGCUUCUGUCAGGUGAGCGGGGAACUGGACGACUGCACCUGUGACGUGGAAACGAUCGACCGCUUCAACAACAAACUGAUCUUCCCCAAACUCCAAAACCUCCUGCAGACGGACUACUUCAGGUUCUACAAGGUGAAUUUAAAUAAACCGUGUCCCUUCUGGACGUCCAACAGUCACUGUGGCCUCAGGGACUGUCAGGUGAAACCCUGCUCCCCCAAUGAGGUGCCUGAGGGGAUCCGAGGUGAAGCCCACAACAAGUAUUCGGCAGCUGCCAACUCUGAUCCGGACGAGUGUGUGAGGUCAGAGGAGCUCGGGAAGGUGGACGUGUCUCUCAGUGAGGAGACCAGAGAGGCGCUGAAGAACUGGACCAAACACGAUGACGAGGCUCAGCGUUUCUGUGUUCUUGACGAUGAGGGCGCUCCAGACUCAGAGUUCGUGGAUCUGCUGCUGAACCCGGAGAGGUUCACCGGGUACAAGGGCCCAGAGGCCUGGAGGAUCUGGACCAGCAUCUACGAGGAGAACUGCUUCAAGCCGUAUUCGGUGCAGAGGCCCUUGAGCCCCGCCCACAGCCGCAGCAGCAGCUCUGACGUGAGGACCUUCUACACGUGGCUGGAAGGCCAGUGUGUGGAGAAGAGGGCGUUCUAUCGGCUCAUCUCCGGACUCCACGCCUCCAUCAACAUCCACCUGAGCGCCAGAUACCUGCUCAACGACGUGUGGUUUGAGAAGACGUGGGGUCCAAACGUGACGGAGUUUCGUUUGCGGUUCGACUCGGAGCUGACGGAGGGGGAGGGGCCCAAGCGCCUGAGGAACCUGUACUUCCUGUUCCUGAUCGAGCUGCGGGCGCUGGCCAAAGCUCUGCCCGUCGUGAAAGAGGGGUCCUUCAGGCUUUACACGGGACAGCCCCAGGACGACCGGCGCAACAAGGAGCUGCUGCUGGAGAUACUGCACACCGCACGAUCUUUCCCGCUGCAUUUCAAUGAAACGUCUCUGUUCGCUGGAGACGAGAGGGAGGCGGCCAAACUCAAGGAGGACGUGCGCCUCGCCUUCCUCAACAUCUCGCGGAUCAUGGACUGUGUGGAGUGCUUCAAGUGUCGUCUGUGGGGGAAACUGCAGACUCAGGGUUUGGGCACGGCUCUGAAGAUCCUGUUCUCGUCGCCCUCGUCUCCGCUCACGCUCAACAGACAAGAACUGGUGGCCCUCAUCAACGCCUUCGGACGGAUCUCCACGAGCAUCAGGGAGCUGCAGAACUUCAGGGAGAUUUUGUCUGAAGACACGUGACCCUGGGCUCCAGUUUAAACCUUCACUGUGUCUGUUCCCUGCAUGAGGAGGAGCUUCAAAUCAGGCUAAUAACAGUAACCACAGCCCUCUCCACUCAUGGAUUUGGUCUCAUUAUUCUGGACAGUAUCAUUAUUUAAAGCAGCACGGUGUCACUUUUCUGGUAUCGAGUUUAACCUCCUGCUUGUCUCCAUGGUUUCUGCUUUGCUUGGAAUGUUUCACACUAGGUUACAGUUCAGAUCUGUGGAGAGGCGACCCCACGCACAGAAAGAAUGCAGGUUGGUCAGGGUAUUUUUGAUUUUUGUAUUUGAACAUAUGAAUAAAUGCAAGACAGACAAGUUUAUACUGAAGCCCUGAGCGGCAAGAGAAAAAAAAAAAGCAUUAAGCAUUUUUGAAAAAAUAAUAAUAAUAAAAAUUUAAGACUAUAUAUAUAUAUAUAUAUAUAUAUAUAUAUAUAUAUUUUAUUUAUUAUUUUUUAUUUGGAAAAUAAUAAUGUUGAUGAUAAAACAAAGACUAUAUAUAUAAAUAAAUGUAUAUAUUUGGAAUUUGUUAUUUUUAUUUUUAGGAAAAAAAAGAAGAAAAUUUGUUUAGAGUUGUUGGUACAAAAAAAACAAAACAAAACAAAAAACAGCCUCAAUGACAUGCUUUAUUUGUUUUUCUCUUGCUGCUCAGGGCUUCCGUUUAAGACAGACGGACAUAAACUUUAUGGAUCCUGAGGGAAAUUCAAGUUUGCAUUUCCGAACGGUGGAACAUUCUAGUUAAAGCAACAACAUCUCCAUGGAGACCAGACCAGAAAAGUUACACAUUGUUCCUUUUAAAUUGAUGAACUAAACUCAAAUUAAAUCAUAAUUAUUAGAAUGAUCUGACGGCAUACGGACCAGUAGGCAGCAUCAUUUGCUUUUUGAAACAUUUUAUCAAUGGAAGUUAAAUAUAAACAUGGACUUUGUGGAUCAUUUGGUAUCAGUUUUGUCUCUAUCGUCAUUAGUUUCUGAGAUAUGGCAAAAGUGUAAUUUCUUUGGGACUUCAAGGACCUUGAAUAAGCAAUUAUUAUUAAAAAUAAACUAAUAAUAAUAACAAUUAUAAUAAUUAUAAUUAUAAUUAUAAAUGAUAUAUAAAUAUGUUUAAUGAUUUUUCAGCCAGAGCCUUAUGGAAACCGUCAGGAUGGAACUUAAGAGGUUUGGUGGACCCAGUAAAUAUUACUCAACUCUACUGACCACUCAUGAAUCUGGUACAUUAGACCGCACUGACAGACUGGCCGAAAAGAAAAUUCCAGAAAACUACUGAAUAAUUACUGAGUUUUUAUUUAAAAUUUAAAGAGGAGGCAUUCUUUAUUUAUUUCUUUUUUUAAGCUUUUGUCUAUGUUCUAACGUUGUUCCCUCAUCAAAAAAAUCUCUGACGAGGUUUUAAAAUCAUCCAUGCAUGUUUGAGUCAUCUAGUGAUCUCUCUCGGCCCUAUUCAAACCCGCCCACAAGUCUACGUCCCCCAUGUUCCCACACGACAAUUCUCCAUAAAUCUACGAAAACAUGAUGUAAAACUGUUCACUGCGACUGGACAAACCCGACGUGACUGUGUUGUGAUAGAGCUCUGAAGGGGGAGGGACUUAGCGCAGAGAGAAUACAUUGUUUUUUGGCGAAUAUAUCAUUUUCAAAACAAUAAAAGGGAACAUGGUUGAUCUGAAUAUGUGACGUGUUACAGUCAUUACCCCAUAAAAGUCAAAUACUCCGUCUGGAACCUCCGUAGUUCCUCUUUGUGGUUGAUCUAAUCACAUUUUGACGCCGUUAUUAUUUUGAAAACCUUGAUUAAAUUUGACAGGAGCCACUGUAAAUACUCAAAUCCUCAAGCUUUCCUCAGAUAACGCUGAUCGUCUUAAGUCUGUCUUUCUGUUUUUGGUGAGUGUGUGUUAGAGGCAGUUGUAAUUGCACUGGAAGCCUGCAGGCGGCGCUGUUUGCUCAGUUACAGAAAAUGAUGUUGUUGAAGUGUAAGGAAUAAAUUGCUCUAUUUUUUCAGGUAAAGUUUAUAUGAAAGAGCCUUUAAAGAUGUUUCAUAUUUGUGUGUGGCAAUAAAAUGAACGGUUUAGAAAA